AACUAGCGUACCCUGGGAAUCUUAGCUAAAGCUUAGGCCAACGGUUGACGCAGCUCCAGUUUGUCCGUUCAUGAACGACAUAGACUUUUUGUCAACACUCAAUCGCGCUGUCAAUUGUCAACCAUGGAAGAAAAAAUACUUCUGCGUGAGCAGGACUUGCCUCUGCCAAACAAUAAGCAGUCCGGUUCGGGCGCUGCGAAGAAACAAUGCCGUCGCAGACGAUGGGCAACCUCGGCUCUUCUAACCAGUCUCGCCUUGAUGGCGUGGACGCACUGCGGCAGCGGUCCCCUCUUCGCAGGUCGCAACCCGGUCCAGAAACAGCCGCAAUGCGCGCAGGUCGCGCCUCUGCGGCCCAACGCCACCAGCGCAAAGCUGGAUGAGAUGGAUGGCUAUCUCAAGUCGUCGGCCUUCAAGGACGUCAGCGUGGCUCGUCUCUCGGGCGCUGUUCGCAUCCCUACCGUGUCCUAUGAUGACCUGAGCCAGGAUGUCUCGGCCGACCCGAGAUGGCAAGCCAUGCCGCCGUUUGUUGAUUACCUGGCCAAGACCUUUCCGCUCGUGCACGAGAAGCUGGUCCUGGACAAUAUCAACACCCAUGGGCUCCUGUACACCUGGCAAGGGUCCGAAAAGUCCCUGAAGCCGACCUUGCUCAUGGCCCAUUAUGAUGUCGUCCCUGUCGCCAACGAGACCGUUGGUUCCUGGACGCACCCGCCUUUCAGUGGGCACUUUGACGGUCACUACGUCUGGGGCCGUGGCUCGAUGGACUGCAAGAACUCGCUUAUUGGCAUUCUAUCUGCCGUCGAGGCCCUGCUUGAGGCGGGCUUCUCUCCGCGCCGCACGGUCCUGCUUUCGUUUGGCUUUGACGAAGAAAUCUCCGGGGCUCGCGGGGCAGGCCACCUGGCGCCCGAGAUUCUUUCACGGUACGGCAAGGAUGGGGUCGCCAUCCUCGUCGAUGAAGGAGCGGGCAUGAAGGAGAGCUGGGGCACAGCAUUUGCCCUUCCCGGCGUCGCCGAGAAGGGGUACAUGGACGUCGACGUCGUGGUGCGCAUGCCCGGCGGCCACUCCAGCAUCCCUCUCCCCCACAACGGCAUCGGUGUCAUGUCCCAGCUCAUCGUUGCGCUCGAGGACAACCCGUACUCGCCGCGCCUGAGCGACGAGAAUCCGUAUCUCAGCCUCCUCCAGUGCGGAAACGACCACGGCGAGGACUUUCCCAAGGGCCUCAGCAAGCUCCUCGACAAGCGCGGCAAGGGCAGAGGUCACUGCCGCAAAGACCCCCUGGCUGAGGAGGCCGCCAAGGCCGGCGCCGGGACAAAGUACCUCUUUACGACGUCGUUCGCGCCCGACAUCAUCCACGGCGGCGUCAAGGUCAACGCGCUGCCUGAGCGCACCGCCCUACGGAUCAACUACCGCAUCAACGUCGGCGAGACGACGGAGCAGGUCCGCGACCGCCUCAAGCACCUCGCCGGCAAGGUGGCUGCACGCCACAACCUGACGCUCAACGCGUUCUCGCACGUCCCGAGCGGAAAUGUGGAAGAACCAGAGGACGAUGACGAGGAGCCGUCUUCCAUCACGCUGCGCGUACGUCGGGCGCCGCUCGAGCCGGCCCCCGUUACGCCGACCUCGGUCGAGGGCGUUACGCCGUACGCGGUGUUGUCGGGCACUACCCGUGCGUUGUACGGGGAGGAGCUGGUCGUUGCGCCGUCGCUCAUGACAGGCAACACGGACACGAGGUACUACUGGGACGUUACCAAGCACAUCUUUAGGUACAUGCCUGCGUUUGAGCUUGGUUCCACGGACGACUUUAUGGAUGGGAUCCACACCGUCAACGAGAAGGCAAGCAUCGGCGCGCACGUAAAUGGUGUGGCAUGGUUUAGUCUGUUUAUCAGAAACAUGGACGAGGUUGAGUUGGAUUAGGCCGUUUUCGCCUCUUGAACUGCAAUUGUUGACAAAACAAAAUGCACGAGAUUGGAUUUUGUAAACUAGGUGGUACGAUAACCUGGAAUAAGAAUUCUGAC